AUGCUGGGAUACGAUUUUGUCGGCAAAGUGGUUACUCUAGGUCCCUUGGCAUCGAAAGAAAGCUCCCUAUCUGUGGGAGACCAAGCCACGGCUAUGUCUAGAGUUAGUGCUUACGCAACUCAUAUUAUCUUACCCGCAGCUGAACUCAUUCGUGUUGACAGUGCAGAUCAUCCGAUUAAAGUUUCUACUCUCCCGCUCAAUUAUUCAACGGCCUUCGGGAUGCUGAAGCGGGCUGUGACCAGCCUUAUUCCUGGCUCAAGUAUCUUAAUCGGCUCUGUAAGCGGAGGUGUUGGAACGGCGAUAGCAGAGCUGGUGCGAGCGUUUAAAAUGGACCUGAAGAUGAUCGGGACAUGUUCACCAUCGAAAUUCGAAUAUGUGAAGUCCCUGGGGGUAAUUCCGAUCGACCGCCAUGCGCCCGACCUCGUGGAUCAAGUCCGAGCCUUGACUGGCGGCGAAGGGGUAGACGUGGCGUAUGACUCGGUAGGGAGCGAAGAGAGCAUCCAAAGAAGUUACCAGGCGACAAAAAAAGAUAUUGGGCAAGUCAUAGUUAUUGGCGCCAUGUCAGAGAUUUCUACGGAUGGAUCCGGACUACGGCAAACCGAACUCGACCUUAGAACUGUGGUUCGGCAGCGAUUACACUCGAGAGUGAGAUUAUGGAGUGCUGUUGCCGACUACAAGGCGAUACAGAAACAGGUCUGGCUCGAGGACUUGCAGACAAUAUUAGGAAAGGUCCGGAGCGGGGAACUGUCGCCGACAAUCGCGAAGCUAUUUAGGCUCAGCGACGCUGUAAAAGCCCAUGAGUACCUAAUCUUGUAUCGGGCACGGAUGUAA